CUUAAGUAGUUAUCUUUCUUGUCUUCACAGAUGGCAUAGUCGAAGAUCAUUAUCAUCAAUUGGUUCACCUUCACGUUCAGCACUUUAGAAGCAGCAUCUGUUAUUUGUGGUAAUAUGCGUUUUUCCAGGAAAGAGCCUCUCCAAGUAAUCUCUGCUGGCAUUUGGUUUGCUCAUUUCGUUGAGUUAGAAGUUUUAACAGUACUAGAGCCAAUACUAACUAAGUCUAAGGGUAUCAUGUAUUCGUUGAAGUGCGGCAGUACUAGUUGACGUCUAACUAUUGUGUACUAGUUUUCGCCUGCUUUUGCUGAAGAGAUGAGGCGAGUCGUUUGCUCCUACGUUUUGGUCUGCUAAAAGCCAGACCUCUGCCCGACAGCACUUGAUCUUACCCGCAGGUAAGACGCAGAGCAGAAGCCACGUCACGGCUAGAUCGUGGCAUAAAGCGGCAACAAAAAUUUUACGCUCACUUUCAAGUUGGCGGUGGGCACGUUGAGAAAUAAGCGAGAACGGGAAAAGAAACGAAAACGAUGGUGGCCUCAUCGAAAGCUGCGCCUGCAGCGGGGACUGCGGCGGCGUCAUCAAGUUCCAGCUCAUUCAAUGUGACACCGCAGCCCGUAUCGGAGCCUAUCUCGCUUGAUGGCCCGACUCCUGAGGGUGAAAAACAACGUGAGCCACUGCUCUCUGCGCUAGACAGAGACUUUCCCGCAGAAAGCGCAGAAGGACUGGCAAGGCGAGAGCGCAUCUUGGAAAAACUCACCACACUAGUGCAAGAGUGGACGCACGAGGUAGAAGACUUACUGAAGUUUACUGUUCAACGAACAAGUUCUUCCUUCCCGCUUGCGAUUUGCAUAUCGAUAUCUUCAAAAGUUAGAGUGUCAAACUACACAAAGAACACAACAAAUUUUCAUAACUCGACGUGAACGUGAUCUAAAUCCUAAAUGAGAGUUCCUAUCCACGAAGUAAGACGAUUCAGAUGCAUCUACUACCCCUCCAUAAUGUUCAACAACAUACAGGUCGGUGUAUUGAAGCGAAUGAUGGACGAGGAGAGUGCGAGGGAGGCUGGCGCCAAAAUUUUCCUGUUCGGGAGUGCGAAAUUAGGUGUGCUGACUCCGAACAGUGAUUGCGAUUGUGUCUGUGUCGUGCCCAAACAUAUCACUCGGGAUGACUUUUUUGGUAAUCUAGUCCCAAAGUUGCAGGAACAUCGGGACUUUAUCCAGGAAAUCAAUCCUGUACCGGAGGCGAACACUCCGAUUAUCGAGAUGAAAAUCGAAGGCGUUGCGGUGGAUCUCGGCUUUGCACAGCUAAACGUGCCGACUCUGAAGGGAAUCGAAUCACUGCAGGUACUAGGAUCAAAAUUAGUUUCUUGACAAUCUAAUGUUUGUUUCUGCACCUCAAGCCACUGAGAGCAUUGCUACAACAAAAUGAUAGAUAGAGUCUUGUAUUUGUAAGUUUUUUUAUGGCAAAGAUGUUCUUCCCAAGCAUCCGCAUUCCUAUCGUUGUUUCUCUUUCAGAAUAACGAUCUCCUGCGCGGAUUAGACGAGAAGUCGGUUCGGGGUAUCGGAGGAAACCGAGUGAAUCAACUUGUUUUGGAUCUAGUACCAAAUAAGGACGCUUUUCGCGAAGCAUUGCGCUUCGUGAAGGCUUGGAGCAAGGCGCGAGGCAUUGCAAGCAAUAUGCUAGGGUUCUUCGGAGGCAUCACGUGGGCGAUACUGAUUGCUCGGGUAUGUCAGCUGUAUCCGAAUUUCAAUGGUCCGAUGGUCAUCCAGCGCUUCUUUCGGGUACUAGAAAGUUCUUGUAUAAUAACAAGAACAAGUGCUACUUAAUAGACAAAUUCAACAUGGUACUAGCAUUAUAACUCACAUUGAUUCACUAGUACUGCUGGUGACCGCGACGUUCUUCUCGUGCUAUGAUGUAUGCUUGUUCGAUGUUUGUAUCAUGGACUUUCCUCGAACUCGACCACAAGAACUAUGACCGUUUCUUUGCCUACCACAAAUAGGUUUUCAGCCAAUGGCACUGGGGUUGGAAUCGGCCGGUUCUAUUGACAAACAUAGUGCAUGCGCCAGCCAACAGUCCGCUAGUCAGCCUCCGAGUCUGGGACCCGCACAAUAACCCACACGAUAAGUACCAUUUGAUGCCCAUCCUCACGCCUUCUUUUCCGGCAAUGAAUAGCACUCACAACGUGAGCGAGACGACGAAGCGAGUUCUCAUAGCAGAGCUCAAGCGUGGUAGACAGUACGUGGACGAGGUAUUCGCAGGUAGAAAAAAGUGGACAGACGUCUACGCGAAGCACGUAUUCUUCGCGAUGCACAAAGACUACAUUCGUGUGCAAUUGGUUGCGAAAAACGCCGCUGCAUUUUCAAGGUGGGAGGGCUUCAUUGAGUCUAAACUUAUGAAUGAGACGCCAUUCAAUUUAAGGAGAUCUUAUCACGUUUUGGCACUAUUUACCCCACUAGGUAGCCCGUCUACGUCCAUUGUCGACCCUGGUAGAAACAAAGUUAUUUCUUUGCACGAUAUUAUUUUCUCCCUCUUCUAAUUUUGUGAGGCUUUUCGUGCGGAAUUUGGAGCAGGUUUGCCCUGGAUUUGAGUUCCGUCCUUGGCCAGAGAAGUACGACCUUGGCGAUGAUUCCAAGAACAUCCUGAGUAACUGGCCAGUCUCAAAGCAGAUGUUCAUCGGCGUGUCCAAGCAGAAGCAAACGAGCCACGAGGACGCUCCAAGCGAGACCGCGGCUACCGAUUUUCGGUUAGCGGUGGAGAGGUUUGUGGAGAACCUAAGUAGCAUGAUGAAACAAGAAGGCUAUUCGGAGGGGCAGCAAGAUCUUUUGAUCACCGACGGAAAACGCGAGGAGCUUCCAUUAGAGCUCAGGGUGCUUGCAACGCCGGAAGUGAUGGUAGUAAAAUAGUUAGCUUAUCUUUAAUAUCAAGGGAUCCUCAGCUCGUGGUAGUGUUGCCUGAAAUAGAUUAGCAGAACUUCUUGAUGAAUGAAGAAGAAGAUCUGCUAAUUGGUUUUGUAGACCAAGAUCGUACUACUCUGGCAGGUCCAAUGCAACCACAUCCACGGACAUUGUGGAUGACAAAGCUAGUGCAUGUAAUAGACACCUUAUUGUUAUCUUACUGCUACAAUAGUGUUUUUUGCUGAUGAUCAUGCCCCACCACAACAGGUAAACGAGCAGCCGGUUGAAGGCGCUGCGGCUGCUAUUGGUAAGCGGGAAGCUGAAGUAGAAGCUAGCACCAUUGCGACUGUGAUUGACCAUGCGACAACUGGGCCUGAAACCAAAAAGCGGAAGAAAAUUGGCGUCAUGUUGGCUAGUAGUUAGAAGUACCUCAUAGUUUUGUGAACGUGAAGAAAAACGAAAGCCGCACCUCUAUCACAUUUCUCGAACUUGAUGAAGUCCCACUUCUUAUUACAUUUACAUUCAUUUCGCGCAUAUCCGAAUCCCACGCUGGAAUCCACGUUUGUUAGCAUUCAACAUUGUUCACAUCGAGGAAAGUUGUUGUGUAUGAAUAACUAAGUCCGGUACCCCCGUACAAUAAUAUUUUCUUGGGGAUAAAUGUGAAAAACUGCUCCACACAGGGCGCGUCUAUGACGUCGAAAAGGGUGGCAUCAGCAUUACAUGAAAAUGCAAGCCCAAACGUCGUAUCGGAAAUAUCGUCAUCGUGUUCCGAUGAUGAGCUCGUCGACAUUCCAUUUUUCCUG